AUGACGGCUGUACAUUAUAUAGAUGACUAUACUUUCCAUAUCCCAAAUAUUGGUCUACCUCCAAAUCUGAAUUUCAAUCAAUUCGCACCACAUAAUUCAAAUUUUAAUAAUGACCCUUCUUUUUAUCCACAACAGCGUAUCGCCUAUACUUAUUCUCAACAAGAAUCAGAGCCAGAAUCUAUACAGCCACUUGUCAUUCGUCGCCAUGAGCCAGGCUCGACAGAUCCGCCGGUGGCGAAAGAACCAAUACCUGUCAUUUUCUUGACGUCCAUGCUACAGCCUCCUUUACCUCCCAUCUUACCAGAACACAUUCAACCGGCGAAUAUUCAGCCAAAUCCAUGCCAAUCUACUCAUCAAUCGAUUCCAAUUCAGCCAACCAGCAUUCACCGAACUGCAUGGAAAUCGAUUGGGAAGCAACCACAGAUCGAAAGCGCACCCGUUGAUCCCAACGAUCGACCUAUUAGACCAAUGAAAGAUACUUCAGUCUACAAUAAUCCUCCGUCGUCUACCAAACCUUUACCAUCGGUAAAACGAGUUCAUUCCGCAUCCAGUCGUCAGACAGGUCCAUUUCAACUACCAUCCAAACCAGCACGAGCUUCAUCUUUUAAACAAACGGACCAGACGCAAACAACACUCAAAACUGCAUCAUCUCCACCGCAUAAUCCUCCGUCAAGAUUACAGUCAGCGAGCAAACCUCCGCAAUUGCCACCCCAGAAGCAACCAUCAAGAUUGGAAUCCAGAUCUAAACCACUUUCCAGAUUGCAAUCUGCAUCGAAACUUGUAGCAACUUCUCCUACUCUUCAAAGACCAGAUUUACACCCAUCAUCCCCAUCGCGAAAUUCCAUGCGUAACGUUUCCGCUCGUCGUCCUAUUCGAACGGAUAUUAAAACCAUCUUUGAUAACCAACUUACACCGCAGGAAAAUGAGCGUCGUCCGAUACUGAUACAUGAACCGGAUACAAAUAGUUAUGGCUAUUCAGAAACUCAUAUUAGAUCUGCUCCAAAAAGAAUAAUUGUACAUGAAGAUGAACGGAUGAUAUCCACGUAUGGAAUGCCGAAUAGACGAGUCGUUGGUUCUCAACCAAUUAUUCAUCGAAUUCCAACAAUGGAUAAAAUGUUCAUUGAUUCAUAG